CCAGGCAGCAGGACCUGAUGAUGCUGGAUGGCUUCAUGAUGUACCUCCUCUCUGCCGCCGGUGACAUCCUCAACCAGGAGCACACCAAAGUGCACCAGGACAUGAGCCAGCCCCUCUGCCACUACUUCAUCUCCUCCUCCCACAACACCUACCUGACCCGCAACCAGGUCGGGGGCACCAGCAGCACCGAAGCCUAUGUCAGGGCACUGAUGGCAGGAUGCCGUUGUGUGGAGCUGGACUGCUGGGAGGGCUCUGACGGGGAACCCAUCGUCUACCACGGCCACACGCUCACCUCCAAAAUCCUCUUCCGCGAUGUCAUCGAGAGCAUCCGUGACUACGCCUUCAAGCAAUCGCCCUACCCCGUCAUCCUGUCCCUGGAGAACCACUGUGGGCUGGAGCAGCAGGCCACCAUGGCCCACCACAUGAAGGCCAUCCUGGGGGACAUGCUGCUGACCCAGCCGCUGGAGGGGCAGGACCCUCAUGAGCUCCCGUCCCCAGAGCAGCUGAAGGGGAAGGUCCUGGUGAAGGGCAAGAAGCUGCCGGAGCCAUGGCAUGAGCCCCGGAGUGUCACCUCCCUUCCGGACCCCGAGGAGGAGGAAGAGGAGGAGGAGGAAGAUGAGGAGAAUCUUCAGGAUAGAAGCAACCAGCGAGACGCGGCGCAGGUGGCCCCGGAGCUGUCGGCCAUGGUGGUGUACUGCCAGGCUGUCCCCUUCCCUGGCCUGGCCCACGCCCUGCGUCACCCCCGGCCCUGCGAGGUGUCCUCCUUCAGUGAGAGGAAGGCUCGGAAGCUCAUCAAGGAGGAUGGCCUGGCACUGGUGCGGUACAACGCCCAGCAGCUCAGCCGCGUCUACCCGCUGGGGCUGAAGAUGACCUCCUCCAACUACAACCCCCAGGAGAUGUGGAACGCCGGCUGCCAGCUGGUGGCCCUCAACUUCCAGACGCCAGGCUGCGCGAUGGACCUCAACGCCGGGCGCUUCCUGGGCAACGGGCGUUGUGGCUAUGUGCUGAAGCCCCCCUGCCUGCGCUGUCCCCCUGGGGAGGGGACCCACCGCCUGGCACUGCACGUCAGGGUGAUCUCGGCGCAGCAGCUGCCGAAGCUGAACCAGGAGAAGGGCAGCUCCAUCGUGGACCCCUUCGUGCGGGUGGAGAUCCACGGUGUCCCCAACGACUGCGCCCGCCAGCAGACCCGCCACAAGCUCAACAACG